AUGGCGGCGGCGCCGCCGACGACGUCGCCGCUCCCGCCGAAUCCGAAGAGCCCCGGCACGCCCAAGGCGAGCGCGCGGCGCAUGGACCGGAGCGAGUCCAACGCGCUCCUCCUCGACACCUUCGACAGCAACAGUGAGCCGAACGAGGAGCAGCUCGGCACCUUCGACAAGAAGAAGGGCAAGUGGAUGAGGAAGUCGCGGCAGGUGUCGCCCUACGCGCCCCUGUCCGACGCCAUGUCGCCGUCGAAGAUGUCCUCGCGCGCGAAAGCGGGCGCGCGGACGUGCUACGAGCGCGCGGCGCGCCUCGUCCGGGGCGUCGAGCACACCGCGCUGCCGCCCAUGGUGCGACGGGCGAAGCAGGAGAUCACCUUCCCGAAGCACUCCUGGAUGACGAACCCGAACAGUUUCUUCUUCAACGGCUGGUCCGUGUCCAUGGUGCCGUUUUUGGCGUACGUCGCCGUCGUCACGCCGUUCGAGAUCGCGUUCGUGCACCGGGGCUGCUCGUUGCUGGCGCCGAAUUUGAUCGUGGACCUGUAUUUCUGGGCCGACGUGCUGCUGAACUUCAACACGGCCUUCUUCGACCACGAGCGGGCGAAGUGGAUCGUGUCCUACGGCCGCGUCGCGAAGCGCUACUUCCGCGGGUGGUUCUUCCUGGAUUUGGUGUCCUGCCUGCCCUUCGAGACGUUGAUCGCCGCCAAGUUCCAGCCAGCGCGCAUGCGGAUUUUUUCUUGCGACUCCAACGCGUCGGGGGCUUUGAAGAUGGUGAAGCUCCUGCGGCUGCCGAAGCUGCUGCGAGUUUUAAGAUUUGGACGCCUCGUCGCGCGGCUCGCGUCGACGGUGAACAUCUCCUUCAAGGUCAUGACCAUGAUCAAGUACACGCUGUUGAUCGUGGUCAUCACCCACCUCUGGGCCUGCAUGAUCCGCCUCAUCGGCGACACGCCCGACUGCGUCAAGUACUACGCGUCGUCCCCCGAUAUUCCCGGCGCGGACCCGCCGGACUGGUACAACACGGACAGCGAGGGCGACUGCUGGCUCGCGACCGUGCGCUACCGGAAGAAGGGGCUCUGGUUCGAGUACGUCGCGGCUUUAGAAUGGGCUGCCAAGGCCAUGGGCGGCGAGAGCGAGAGCGUCACGUUCGGCGAGUCGUUCCUCGGCUUCCUCAUCAUGCUCUCCGGCAUGGUCAUGACGGCCUUUUUAAUCGGCGAGAUCGCCAACGUGCUGACGAACUUCGACCCGGCGCUCAACGACUACCGCACGUCCAUGGACAACCUGAACCAGUACAUGCUCGAGCGGAACAUCAACAAGGGCCUCCAGAAGCAUUUGAGGGAGUACUACAUCAACUCCGAGGGCCUCUUCCGCAAGAUGUACCACCGGGAGAUGCUUCAAUCGUUAUCGCCGGCGCUCCAGCGCGCCGUCGCCAAGGAGGAGCUCGGCGACUGGGUGUCGAAGCUGCCGUUCCUGAACACGGUCGUGCGGACGACGUCGGGCAUGGCCGUGGGCACGCUCGUCGUCGUCGCGCCCGACGAGGUCGAGUUCAGCGCCCACGGCGAGCUCCAGGCGCGCCUGCUGAGCCUCGACAAGUGCCUCAAGUACACCGUCUUCUACGGCGAGCGCUGGGACGGCGGCCCCGACGUCGAGGCGGGCGUCGCGCACGACCGGCUCCGGCUGCCGCUCGACUCGCCCUGGCUGCGGCGCUUCGAGGCCGCGAACCGCGAGUCGAACGUGCUCGUCACGGAGAUCUCGCUGGCGCUGAUCCCGCGGCUCUUCGCGGCGAAGGAGUUCAUCGUCCGCGGCGGCGCGAUGAACGACUCGCUCUUCCUCAUGUUCGAGGGCUCCGCGUUCCGCAUGCGCGCGAAGUUGGGUUUUGGCGACGAGGAGGAGGUGGACAAGGUCGGCGGCGAGACCGAGGACGGCCUGAGCGAGGGGCUGUCCACGGGCGAGUUCCUCAGCGCGCGGAACCACGACGUCAUCGGCGUCGAGAUCAUCCACUCGCUCGUCGGCGCGCAGAUGCCGUCGGCCUUCGACGUCGCGGCCAUCGGCCACGUCUUUGUGAAUGCUAUUUCCGCAGAAACGUUGGAGAAGAUCAUGACGCCCGAGGCGUGCCCGAAGCUGCUCGCGGCGACGCGGAAGCUCGCGGGCUGGCAGCUGUGCUGGCAGCUCUUCAAGCUCGGCGUCUACCGCACGGGCGCCUUCGCCGUCCAGGAGCGCAAGGCGCGCAUCCGCUACUACAACGCGGCCUACCUCUGCCAGAAGCUGGCCCUGAAGCGCCACUACCGCGCCGUCGACGCGCACGAGCGGCGCAAGUCCGUGCACCUCGACAACCGCAUCAAGCGCGCGUCCGAGAAGGAGCGCGACAAGAACCUCUUCAACCUCUACAAGAACUUCAAGCCUUUGCGCUGGCGCGCCGACGGCGUCCGGGAGACGUCCAUCGUGACGCCGCUGCCGCCGACGACGGACGAGUCCGAGUGGACGACGGGGCAGAAGGUCUACGUGGAUCUCGGGGGCGGCCCGCGGCCCGCGGACAUCGUCGACGUCUUCUACACGUCGAGCAUGGGCAGCGACCGCCGGCUGACGCCGUCGACCUACGAGGUGCGCCUCCCGCGGACGCGCCACAUCUGCGCGCCGGGCACGGUCACCGCGACGCCCGAGGAGCUCGACGGCGACGCGCCGCCGGAGAGCCGCCCGUCGACGGCCCAGCGGGCGAAGCGCCCGUCCAAGUCCAAGGUCGCGGCGUCGGGGCCGCCGACGGCCAAGGGCGACCUCGUCUACGCGCGCUUCGACGUCGGCCUGCCGCCGCAGCGCGCGCGCGUCAUCGACGUCCGCGACGACGGCUUCCUCGAGGUGUCCUUCCAGAACAUCGACCUCGUGGUCAAGCGCGAGCAGAUCUCGAGCCGCCACUCGCCGGGCGCGCGCGUGCGCAUCAAGGAGGACGGCUGCUUCCUCGAGCGCGCCGAGGCCGAGGCGACCGUGUGCCGCGUCUGCGACGACGGCACCUACUGCUGCAACUACGACGCCGUGCGCGCGGACUACGUCGAGAACCGCUUCAAGCGGAACAAGUGGUCCGGGCUCGAGCUCGAGCGGUCCGUGAACGCGAUCACGACGUCGUGGCAGAAGAUGAUGACCAUCGACCUCAUCGGCGACCAGCAGGCGCGCCAGGCGGAGCUCGACGAGGUCUCGGGCGGCACCGUGCUCCAGCGCGUCGCGCGCGUCGAGCACAUCCAGCGCGAGACGAACGCGAAGCUGGACGUGCUGCUCGCGCACCUCAAGGUGCCCUACUUGGCGCCGCGGACCGCGGAGCCCGAGCUCCACCCGUCGGACCCGGACUCGCCGAAGAAGCUCCCCAAGGCGCCGGCGCCGAACUAG